AUGCCUCGACCGGCCAGGCGCAACCAAGCUGCACCUUCUGCUAGCCAUUCCAUUACCAACUUCACCCGUGUCUCGAAAACUUAUACCCCAAACGAUACUGCCAAGAAAACCGUCAGUCAACCUAUAUCUUCGGUAACCACCAGGAAGCGAAAAGCGGUCACAGACGGAGAAGAUGCCCAUCCUAGGAUCAAGGCUCGAACUACCUCGUUUGCUCCAAGUAGUGACGACGAACUUGCCACACCUAUAAAGCCCGUAUCUAGAAACCUGGAACUGGUUUCAAACCUGAUCAAGAAGGAUAUACCAUUUGCAAAAGGCAAACGAACUGCAAAGACAACCCCUUCAAGGGCAAAAACUGCCCACAAGCCCAUCGGAACCACACCUCUUUCUGAGAGCAAGAGGCAAGGAAAGACAGUACAAACCAAACUUGACAAUGUAUUCAAAACGCUGCGCAAGCCCAUGGUGGACAAGGAUGCCCUUCCUCUCCACCUUGCUGAGCUCGUUGACAUACACCGAUCAUUUGUCAAGACGAUUAUGAUUCAAUUUGCUCAUAACGGCAACAAUUCACCUAUCGACGUACGCACACUUGCGCCACACAUUUCUCAGUCGUGGGGUAAACGCCAAGUCACUAUCGAGGAUAUCCGACGAUGCAUCGCUAUACAGACUUCGACAAAGACCAACACUCAUUCACCAUUCAUGAUUGUCGAUUAUGGCCGGGGAAAGAUUUGUGUUGAGCGCUCUUCUGUCGACAUGGCGAUCAACGAAGAGCGUUUGCUGAAGCAAUUUGAGGUAAAUUUGAGAGCAUUAGGCACCGAACGCUCUGCCGACGAAAUGGAUAUUGACCUUCCGUUGGAUAACCUCUCACUGAACGAGCUUCCCCAAGUGGAUAUAAAGAAUAUGGACAACAGAACAACAGCGAAUCCAAUUCUGAACAAAGGACAGCGUGCGUUGUCAGAGCUUAAGAGUGGCAUUGCGACCAAGCAGCACGAGAAGGCAGCAAAACAAAACGCGGCAUCCAACAGCCCCCUUCUCAACCCAGAUGGCACAAAGAUGAGCCUUCUCGAUCGAUUACGAUUAAAGCAAUUAGCUAAAGCCAACGAGCCACUUCCCCCUACCGGACCCGAGCUUCAGCGACGUGCGGCUCUCAACCGCGUGGGUGAUGUUGCAGCAACCAUUUCAAUGCUGAGCCUAUCCAAUCCAAUGUCUCUGCCACGACAGGCCUUUACGAUGGCAGUUAUACUCGAGAAGCUCAAGGACUCUCUCCGGGUCCCGGUAUCCAAGGAGGAGGGCGCAACUUGCGUGCGUUUAAUCGCCAGCGAGGUUGCUCCGGAGUGGCUGCGAGUCGUUACAAUCGGAGGCAGGGAAAACGUGGUUGUACAGCGUAACAGCCAACCCGUCGAUAGAGUACUACAGAAUCGUGUACAGAAGUUGUUGACCUAG